AUGAAGGCGCCCGCGGCUGUCCUCGCUGUUCUCCUCUGCGCCAUCGCCCUCUGCAGCCAGGUCUUCUCGGCACCAUUUGGCGCUGACACCCCAAUGGCCUGCUGCUUCUCCUACACCGCCCGGCAGCUUCCUCGCAAAUUCGUAGCCGACUAUUAUGAGACCAGCGGCCAGUGCUCCAAGCCUGGCGUCGUCUUCCAAACCAAAAGAGGCCGGGAGCUCUGUGCCGACCCCAACGAGGACUGGGUCCAGAAAUACAUCACCGACCUGGAGCUGAAUCUCUGA